CUGGCCCCGCUGCCGGCAGGGAGGGCAGGAGCCCGCAGCCAUCCAACUCUGUCCCCUGCCUCCCUCCUCUUCUUCAGGAGCCGCCACCCCGCCCGCCUCUCUCCUCCUCUUUCUGCUCUGCAAUCAGCGGAAUAAAUCAGGGAAGGACGCGCGCACACGCGCGCAGAGUGGGAUCUGUUACAAAAGUAGCGCUGAUGGCGGCGGAUCAGAUGAAGCUGGAGCUGCUGCUGGAGUAGCAGAGAGUGGAGUAUCUCUCGCUCUCUCUCUGUUUCGCCUCUUCCCCCACUCCACCCACAGAUCUCCAUCGUUCCUCCUCCUCCCCACCCUCGGCCGCGCUCCCGCUUUUCCGCGCAUCUCUGGGCUGCGCCUCCUGCGAGGGGGCGGGUGGGGGGAGCGGAGGAGGCUUUAAAGAACCACGGCCCCCCCCGCACCGCCACACACGAUAAUUGAAUUUAUUAUUAUUGCCGUCUCGCCGACUUGGGGAAGGGGGAUCGAUCUUCGAUCAGGAAGAUGGCUGCUGGAUGGCUGCUGGUCUUUAGCCUGACACUUUUCCAGUCCCUGGUGAUGAACCACUCCUCGGAAGGACCCUUCCCCUCGGCCACCACGAUAAAAGCAUGGGUGGAUAAGAUGCAAGAAGAUCUCGUGACGCUCGCACGAACUGCAAGCGGAGUGGACCGGCUUGCUGAAAUUUAUUUGAAAAACACAGCAUUGUAUACUGUAGAAGCAAACAACCCUCGUCAGCUAGUGGAAAUUGCAGCCAGAGACAUUGAAAAACUUCUAAGUAACAGGUCUAAAGCCUUGGUGCGCCUUGCUAAAGAAGCAGAGAAGUACCAAGCAUCGCAUCAGUGGAGGGAUGAGUUUGGGAAUAAUGAUAUAAUCUAUUACAAUGCAAAAGACGAUCAGAAUGAUCCUGAAAAGAAUGAAACUGAAUCUGGCAGCCAGAGAAUCAGACCAGUAUUUGAAGACGAUCCUGUUUUCCGACGGCAAACAUCUUACCAACAUGCAGCAGUCCACAUACCAACAGAUAUUUAUGAAGGCUCAACCAUAGUGUUAAAUGAACUCAACUGGACUGCAGCGCUGGACGAUGUGUUCAAGCGGAACAGGGAAGAGGACCCCACUUUGUUAUGGCAGGUUUUUGGAAGUGCCACUGGCCUCGCAAGGUAUUACCCAGCUUCCCCUUGGGUAGAUAAAAGUCGAACUCCUAACAAAAUAGAUCUGUAUGAUGUACGCAGAAGACCAUGGUAUAUCCAAGGAGCUGCAUCUCCCAAAGACAUGCUCAUUUUAGUGGAUGCGAGCGGGAGUGUCAGUGGAUUGACAUUGAAGUUGAUCCGCACAUCGGUCAUUGAGAUGUUGGAGACAUUGUCUGAUGAUGACUUUGUGAAUGUAGUUUCAUUUAAUAAUAAUGCUCAGAAUGUCAGUUGCUUCAAUCAUCUUGUCCAAGCUAAUGUGAGGAACAAGAAGAAACUGAAAGAAGCUGUGUAUAAAAUCUCUGCUAAAGGAAUUACAGAUUACAAAAAAGGCUUUAGCUAUGCUUUUGAACAGCUACUAAAUCACAGUGUCUCCAGAGCUAACUGCAAUAAGAUUAUUAUGCUGUUUACAGAUGGUGGGGAAGAAAGAGCGCAAGAAAUUUUCCACAAAUAUAAUGAAGACAAAAAAGUUCGUGUGUUCACAUUUUCUGUUGGCCAACAUAACUAUGACAAAGGACCCAUACAGUGGAUGGCCUGUGAAAAUAAAGGUUAUUAUUAUGAAAUCCCGUCUAUUGGUGCCAUAAGAAUAAACACCCAGGAAUAUUUGGAUGUUUUGGGAAGACCAAUGGUUUUAGCUGGAGAGCAAGCCAAACAAGUCCAAUGGACAAAUGUCUAUCUGGAUGCUCUGGAGCUGGGCCUUGUGAUUACAGGAACUCUGCCUGUCUUCAAUCUAACAAGGGAACAAAAUGGGAAAAUCAAUCAGCUGAUUCUUGGAGUAAUGGGAGUCGAUGUCUCUUUGGAGGACAUAAAAAAACUGACGCCCCGAUUUACACUUUGUCCAAACGGGUAUUAUUUUGCAAUUGAUCCUAAUGGGUAUGUGCUAUUGCAUCCAAAUCUCCAGCCAAAGAAUCCUAAAUCUCAGGAACCUGUUACGCUGGAUUUUCUAGAUGCUGAAUUGGAAAAUGAUAUUAAAGUUGAGAUUCGGAAAAAAAUGAUAGAUGGAGAAAGUGGAGAAAAAACAUUUGAAACACUAGUCAAGUCCCAAGACGAGAGGUAUAUUGAUAAAGGAAACAGAACAUAUACAUGGACUGCUGUGAAUGGCACUGACUACAGUUUGGCACUGGUCUUACCAUCAUACAGCUUUUAUUAUAUUAAAGCCAAAAUAGAAGAACCAAUAACUCAAGCCAGAUUGACAGCCAAGAAGGUUUCAGAGUCACUGAAACCUGAGCAUUUUGAUGAGGCUGGCUAUACGUUUUUAGCACCAAGAGAAUAUUGUAGCGAUGUAAAAAAAUCAGAAAACAACACUGAAUUUCUAUUAAAUUUCAAUGAAUUUAUUGACAGAAAUACUCCAAGCAGUUCAUCAUGUAAUACUGAUAUGGUCAUUAGAGUUUUACUGGAUGCAGGAUUUACAAAUGAACUGGCCCAAAAUUAUUGGAGUAAACUCUCUCUUGAUGGAGUUGUUGCACAAUUUGUUGUUACAGAUGGUGGAAUUACUAGAGUUUUCCCCAAAAGGGCAGGAGAAGAUUGGUUGGAAAAUGCUGAAACUUAUGAAAUCAGCUUCUAUAAGAGGAGUUUAGAUAAUGACAACUAUAUAUUCACAGCUCCAUACUACAACAAAAGUGGUGCCAAUAGCUAUGAAUCAGGUAUUAUGGUAAGCAAGGCUGUGGAAAUAGAAGUUGAUGGGAAGCUUCUGAAGCCAGCAGUUGUUGGAAUAAAAAUUGAUGCAACCAUCUGGAUGGAAAAUUUCACAAGAACCACAAUCAAGAGCCUGUGCAACAGUGAAAUCUGUGGCUGUGAAAGAAAUAGCAUGCAUGUGGACUGUGUUAUCCUUGAUGAUGGUGGAUUUCUUUUGAUGUCCAAUCGAGAUGAAUAUACACAACAGAUUGGAAGAUUCUUUGGUGAAAUUGAUCCUGGCUUGAUGCGAAACCUGAUUAACAUGUCCCUGUAUGCCUUUAAUAAGUCCUAUGACUAUCAGUCAGUCUGUGAUCCCGAAGAAGAGCCAAAGCAAGGAGCUGGACUUCGUUCUGCUUAUGUGCCUACGAUAGCAGAUAUUUUGCAACUUGGAUGGUGGGCUUCAGCAGCAGCCUGGUCUAUCUUACAGCAGCUGUUUUUGAGCUUGACUUUUCCACGGUUCCUUGAAGCAGCUGAUAUGGAAGAUGAUGAUUUCGGUGCUGCCCUGCCUAAAACAAGCUGUAUCACUGAGCAAACUCAAUAUUUCUUUGAAAACAAUGAUAAAUCCUUUGGUGGGAUUGUAGACUGUAUAAACUGCUCCAGACUUUAUCAUGCAGAGAAGAUUUCAAACACCAAUCUAGUGUUCAUUAUUAGUGACAGCCAACUGCUGUGCCGUUCCUGUGACCCAAAGCCACUGAUGCAAGCAGAGAAGCCGGAUGAAGGGCCAAAUCCAUGUGAAAUGGUCAAACAACCUAGAUACAGAAAGGGUCCUGAAAUCUGCUUUGAUGAAGCCAAACAGGAAGAUUCGGCUGACUGCGGUGGGGCCUCUGGUCUGAGUCCAUCACUGUGGUCUAUGGUAGCAAUUCAGUCAGUCCUGCUUUGGCUCUUAUCUGGCAGCAGACACUGCCAGUUAUGACCUUGCUAAACCAAAACCUGCAUAACUGAAUCAAGACCUGGCCAAAACGAUAGCCUCAGUUUCAUUUUGGAAAGGGUCAGCUACUGAGAGAGCAGCAGAGCAGCAGCGCUCGUGUCUGGUUUCCACGCGUUGUGAGACUCAUCAAGGCGCCACGAUGCCUGCAUGUCGGAGUGUCGGAUCCUUACCCGUGUGAAUGCUGCAUCACCCACGCCGCCCAAACAGAUUUCUGUACGUGCCCCCUCGGGGAAAUCUAAAACCUUUUGUUUAUUCAUUUGUUUGUUGUUGUAAUCUUGAUGACUUCAUGUAAAAGGGCUCCCCUAACAAUAGGUUAUGUAUAUGGUUUUAAUUUCUUUUAAGCUUUGGAUAUCUUGAAGAUUUAUAUUCUUUUACAUGAACAGUUGUUUAAAAACCAAAAAGAAAAAGGAAAAUGUUCUCCCCAAUAUACAUUACUAGCACCACAAUGGCUGCUUUUAACAUCAGUUUUGUCCAAACUAGUUGAGUAAAGUGAAAAUAUUGGCCAGUCUUCACCAGAAGUUCAGCAUGAUUGGAAUGCUUUAUGAUGAGUGGUUAAUUCUUCCAAAAUGAAUCAUGCAGCCAGCUAAGCUUUGGUAGGUUGAUACUGUAUGUAGAAAGGAAGGAAAGGAGAAAAUUACUGUGUUUCAAAAUACAAAGGUACUGGAGAGUGUAACAAAAAAGAAAUUUUUCAUCUUAAACUUGAUGUCAUCUUCUGUCAGAAACAAAUGUUAAUUUCGUUGUAAUAGUCACUUCCUUUUCACAAUGCAAUUACAUAUAAAGCUAGUAGAAAUUCUUCAAAGGCUGAUACAAAAAUGCUUGUGAAUAAAAAAUGUCUUUGUGAUAUUUGAACGUUGGUUUCCAGGGGUAUUUUGCAUGAUGAUGAUGCUAUGUUACUGUUUUUCAGUUUGUUUUCUUUGAUGGUAGAGUAUAGUUCAUUGAAAAGAUAACAGAGUGAUUUUUUGUAUUGUGUGAGAAAAUGAACAUUGCAAUGUGUUGCAAUCAAAUCAUAUUAAAUUAUAUUAUGAAACAGAGCUCUGAAUAUACUGUGCAAUGAAAAAGCUGAGAAAAUAGGGUAAAUAUAGAUUGUAACAAAAGGGUUGAGGUGGAUUUUUUACAGAAUAGUGAUCUCACAUGAAAAUCUGUGUACAGAUAUUUUAAGAAUAUAAAAAUCAGAUUUAACACAUUUAUUUUUGGAAGUAUAUGUUCUCUAAGGUUCAUAUCAGGUUCCCCCUUUGUUUCCUUCAUAUAAACCCACCCAUAAUAUUAAAACUUACACUGUUGCUAUUUAUUAUUGAAAAUAGCAUAUUUAACAGCAAAAUUACCUGGUUGCUGUGAUUAGGAAAAAUAUAAACAAAUGGGGAGCCUUGAAUCUAUAUGUAUGCACAUUGAUACUUGAUUGUGAAUAAUAACUCUAGAAGUUGUUUUUACACAACCUCAUUGGUGAUACAGGUUGGUGCAGUAAAUUACAAUAUUACGGUGUAGCAUAGUGUUGAUGCAAAAUAUGAUUUGCGCUUUUUUUUUCUAGUUUUCAGAACUAAACAGUAUUGCAAGACAGCUAAACCAAUGAAUGUGCAACUCUGCUGGUAUUGUACAGUUCUGCUAACAACUGCAAUAUGCAAAUAUUAAUAUGGCACAAUACACUAGCUCUUUAAAAAAUAAAAAAAUGCAAAUCAUCGGUAUGUAUAUGCUGGCAAUUGAUUGAUAUAAUUUUAAUCAUGCCAAAAGCUUAAAAAAUGAUUGGGCAUGCAUUAAUAUCCUAUGAAAACUGAAGAAGCUACUCAAAGCCUGGCAUGGCUUGAGCGAUCAGAUGUCAACUGUAGUUGUACUCAUGGCUGGUUCAUUGUUUUUCAUGUACCUUGGCUCCAGCUGUAUAUUUUCUCAUGUUUAGAAAUCCACUGAGUGAAAAAAAUAAAUCCUGACCUUUUAUUCAGUGAUAAAAUCUAGUUUUUAAAAAAUAUAUACCUAACAAUGUCAUGGGGUUAAAAGUACAACUAACUGUUUGGGAUGACUUCAGGUCCUCCUCAGGGAAGGUGAGCUAAUGUUGAUAAUAAGGGUGAAGAUAAACUUGGAACUCUUUCUUCCAGUCAUAGUGCUGCAGUUCUGUUCACCCUAGCACCGGUUACCACCUGACAAAAAAAUUGGUUUGAGUGUUUCCAAUGGCAAGACUGCAUCCAAUAUUUUUCCUUAAUGAGGUCAAUUGACAUUUUAUGGAAGGAGCCAGUUUUCUAGGAUUAGGUCAAUAAUUACUGCACUCACUGAUUUUACUCUGAGAUUACUUUAAAUACUCAUUGGUUUGCAUUGUGCUUUUUAAAUUUCAUGUUAGUAUAUUAAGUUCUCUGUAGUUUCCACUUAGCUUCCAAAAGAAACCCUUCACGGACAAGUUGCACUGUUUAAAACACUUUGCUCAUGCCAGCAGGCCAUAUCCACAGUUACUUAAUAAGCAUCUGAUUAGAGUUUGUAGGGGAAAAGAAAUAUGGCACAAAUUCAUGCUACCACAAGAAACAUCUAUGGCUUUUGCUCUCAUCCUGCUUCCCUUAGAGUGCUCAAAUGCAAAAGGAGGGUGAAGCCCACGCCAUGCAGACACAUAGCCCUGCUGGGUGAUCCAAAGAGGGAAAUGUCCUCUGUUCCUCUCCUUCACCCCUCUAUAUGACCUGAAGAAAUGUGUUUCCAUAUAAACAUGGAGCCUUCCAGCUAACAUUAUAACAUUCUAUGUAAACAAUUAGCCAACAUGAUACCCAUUUUAUACUUUAGAAAGUAGUAAGUAUUUUAAAUACUUAAAAAUUAUAUAUUAGAGUAUCUCCAAGUGAUGGUCAAGACUCUUUAAAAAUACCCCAAAAUCUGCAAAAUGCAAAAUAUAGACCAAAAAUGCAAUCUGAACUUCAGCUAUCUCAAAAUGUGAAUGCCAGUCUGAUAGAAAUAACUUACAUGAAUAAAUAGAAAUUGUCAUGCAUAAGAGUAUCCUUACUCUCACAGUGCAAUCAUAGUCAUCUUCUCUUGUCUUUGAAAGAAGCUUGAUCCUAAAAUUUAAAUUAAGAUAUUUUUAAAUAUGAUAUGCUGUAAAAUGUUGUGGUUUUUAAAGUCAGAUAAAAGGCUCUGUUGAUUGUUGCUCAAAUCCUUUAAAUAGUGCAAAGGGAAUUGUUGGUACUUGUUCAGUUCACACAGAAAUCAUGUAGUGUAUUGUACAUCUUACAGGUAACCACCAUUAAAGUUGUUACAGCAUGGUACUGUACUAAACAUGAUCUGAGGACUUAACAUGAGAGGUUUCUUUCUAUUUUUUUCUUUUAAACAACCAGCAUUACUGCCAAAACACUGACCGUGGUCCAUAUUUCUAACAGGUUUUUAACAUAACAUAGCAGGUCUGAUUGACGAGAUUUUUAGGUCCUGUACCUUUAAGAUUUUAGUAUGAUCUUUUUCAUGUUUCUAACGCUUGAGGCUUUACUGCUUAACUUGACAAAAACAACAGUGUUGCUGCCAUUUGUAAGUUUUCCUACAAUAUUCCUUUUAUUAACUUAAAACCUGGCCUUACUGGUUUCAAAUAGGCAGUAUCCCUUUUAAGUGACCUUUGCAACCCAAGUGUUACUUGCUGUGGUUGAGAGCUUUUUGCUGUCACUGAAGAGACAUUAAGACCUUUUUUUCCCAUUAACACAUAACAAACAUGCUUUGUAUGACUUAAUUCCAAAACACAACCUCAGUACCACUAAUCCAAAAAUUCAGAUGCUAGCACACUGGUUAUUAAGAAAUAUAUUAAUGCCUUCAAGGCACUGCAAUGCACUCGAGUGUUUUUGGAAUGUCAACCUAAGGUGAAAUCUUAAUAACUCCUUUCUUAGGAUAAAUUUUACCCUAACUUCAUCAGACAUCCAAGCCUUUAACAAAGGCCAGAUUUAUUAUUAUUUUGUUCAUACCACAAUGUUAAUAUUGUUAAUACUCAUUGUACACUAUUGUAAAAAGAUUAAAACAAAGCGUCUGAAAACAAUUCAAGACUUUUGAAAAGUUAGCCUCACCCUCUUCCCAGCUACUUGCAUCUGUCCUGUUUAUGGUUUAAAAGAAAAACAUCAUCUUGAAGAAAUAUUUCACUGAGGCUAAAGGGAUACUGUCUUGUUCAGAUGCCAUGAAAUUGCGAUUGUGAUCUGACAAAGCUGUCUUCUCUUCUUGUGUUGUAUGGAAUGUCUGGAUCAUGCUUUCUGGGAUAUUUUUAUUGAAAUGCUCAGUGUGCGUUUCUGCAAAAAAAAGACUUGGUUGCUCUUAUGAGGCAAGCAGGUCUUUCUCCCUUUUCUUGUGUUCUCUUGACACUUUUGUGGAACUUGACGAGCCUGGAAAAAAAAUUUUUUUGUAAAAAUUUGUACAAUAAUGUUAUAAAAAGUUUAUAAUCCUAGAACUGUUGUGUUAAUUAUUGUGCAAAAACAGUAUAUUCAGAAUAAAAGUUUAUCAUUUAAAAUCAA